GUUACAGUUAGCCGUAUGAUGUAUUACUGACAGUUCGAUCAUGGCAUUUUUCCAGUUAGUUCUUAAAGCCAGGAAGCUAGAAAAAGCGAGGUUAAAGUACGAGGAGGAAAAGUUUACGUCGAUCGAGAUCUGGAAAAGCGGUGCCAAGCCUAAAUACACUUUGAGACAGCGAAUUCGACGAAAGAAAAUCCUGUUAAAGAAAAAGUUUAAGAAGUUUCUUGACAAAAUCCUCGAGGUACCGAAGGAUUCGUGGUUGUACAAGAAAAUAGUUGUAAUUCGCACCGAAGGCACUUUGGAGAAUUUCGUAGCGAAGAGCCUUUUCGGUUUUAUUAGCGGAAUAUUUCUCACGUACAUGUUCUUCGUGUUCUUCGUCUUUCAAUUAAAUUUCAAGCUAUCGUCCGCGACGACAAUUUGCACGAUAAUAGGAGUGAUCCUCACGCUCGGUCUUGCUUUCUCUUAUCGAAUACGAUGCGUCGUGCUUCUUUUGUUGCCACAGUUUUUUUCCAAACGAGGAAGACAAGCUUUGAUGGCGUACGCUUUUAUUUUAGCCUUAACUGGGCCGGUGAAGAACAUUUUGCACAACACUGGUGUGCUCACGGAAUCGUUGGCCUGUGCACAAGAACAAUUAAAAGAAGCGGUGAAAACUGUCAUAGAUCUCGCUAAGCAGCCAUUUUAUGCGCUGCGAGACGCCAUAUCGAAAGUCCUGAAGUCCGUAAAAGGGGUUGUAAAGAAAAUUAAGCAAACCCUCGUUGCUAUUAAGAGACUCGUCCUCAGUAUACUUAGGGUAAUCACCGCAGUAUUCCAAUGGCUCGGCAGUAUAAUAAACAUCUGUAACAAGAAACUAGGCACACCUUUCGAUAGAUGUCAAAGGGUGUUCGAGGGCGCCGUAGCGGAUUGCAAAGCAAAGUUAGGACCCUAUUUAGGCGUUGUUUGCAACAUAACUUACGUAGUCAGCGCCCUGUGUUACGUAGUCAAACCCCUGGAUUUCAUAUGUAUGUUAGUUUCUUACGUCGCUGACACUGUUGUUGGAGCUGUACGAUCAAAGAUUAAGAAAUUCACGAUGCACAUGAAAGCAAUGUUCUACGUCAAAAUCAAAUUUUCUCACUCCUUCCAUUUCGAGACUAAUCAAAGCAAAACCGUACAGGAAGUCGCUACCAGCAUCGCUACGGAAAUCCGAUCGAGAACGGAUGGACUUUUCGGAUUUUUCGAUUGGAUGAGCUUUGUAACGUCCUUCUUCAGUUUCUGCAUUUUACUCAGAGUGCUGCGUUAUCGCUACAAGUGGUUAACCAGCGAACGUUUCGAUAAUCGAUACAUAACUGAUGACUUACGCACCAUCGAUCUGAUAAGAGCUCGUCAGGACAAGGAAACUGUUUUGCCGCUUAAUCCACGCGAGAGAAAUAGAUAUGUUCCUCUGUCUUCCGUGAUGUUGAUCAAACCUGAGAAAACCAAGUUAGCGAGGUCUAUGGUGUUCUUGGGUUUGGCUACGGUUAAGCUUGUUACGUACAUGGUUAUGGAUUAUGGUCUUUAUUGGGUUCUCAACACUAUUCAAAUCUAUGGACGAUUUCAAAGUAAGGUUGAACGACCAAGCGUGGUGACCAUCCACGUAUCCGGUGAGGGGUACUUAGCCGAACUAUACCGAAGCAUAAUAAAAGCGUUCACUCCCCACGACAAAGACGCGGAAAUCGACACGAUGCUCUGUCUCCCAGCUCCAGUGACACCAGACCUAGACAAAUACACGCAAAUUAUCACAUUGAUCGUGUUCUGCUGGCUAAUGGCGUUCCUGGAGCCUUACGGUCUACGUCUGAGACAGGUGGUGAUGUGCCAGUAUUACCCUGACAGAGCGAAACAAAGAGCAGCCUGGUUGUACAAUCAUAUCAUCAGGUCGAGAGGAAGCUUUCUGAAGUUCGCCAGACGUCAACUGCGCCGGAAGUUCGGGCUGACCGAGGGAGAAAAGACCGAAAGAGUGACGCUGAAACAGAGACUCUGGGCAACGUUACCUUGUCUCAGGAUUCUGUUUCCUUUGAAGGAGAAGGUUUGUCUGCUGUGCGGUUCUGUGGAGCGCCACGACAAUUUGCAUAUCAAGUGCCCGACUCCUGGAUGCGUCGGCUUGUUUUGCACGCAGUGCUUCGCGGAUCUGCAGAAUCUGUGCACCAUUUGUAGGAAGCCGGUCGAAUACGGGGACUUGUCGGACAUGAGCGAGGAAAAAGAUUCUUCUGAGGACCAGUUUCCGGUGUUCAAAACGGAGGAGCCAGAAGAAGAAAGAACGGAAAUUGAGACUGAAGAGGAAAAAACGGAAGUUGAAACUGAGGAAGAAGUGAAAGAUGAAGAGGUAGAAGAAAAACCAGAAAAAGAAGUAGCUCAGCAAACGGAUGACGUAGAGUUAGAUCGGACCUCUGAAACCAGUUAUAGUUAUACGUAUCAAGAGGAAUCUCCAGAGGAAGUAGACAUCAAGUGCAGAGAGCCCUGGAGAGACCUGGAAGCCCAGAAAAUUAGAGACGAUGUAACAAUUCAAAUAUUCAACGAACCGUUCAUAAAAGACACGUCCUCGAGCUGCGAGUCACCCUCCUGUUUCGUGGUGAGGGCACGUAGAAAGAUUCGUGCCAGAUUGAAAAAGAGAGGGGGCGCAUCGAUCGCUCGCGAGAAAGAUUCCGAUUCAUCAAGCUCGAUCGCCGACACGGAAUCAUGGUCGACCGAAGAGGUCGACGAGGAAGAAGUGAUACAUAUAGAAGUGGACGGCAGCUCCGAAGAAUUACUUCCGAAGGAUCGAAAGGAUAAGGAGAAACGAGGUCGUAUAAAUAAAAUCGUCAGCGCGGUGGCGAGGAUUCCUUGGCUCGGUAAAGGAGAAGAUGGUAAAUGUACAGGUUUAAGAAGUAAAAGACCAUCCCUUAUGAACAGAAUAGUAAGUAUGCUUCAGAGGAAGCAAUCAAUGCCAGUUCAAUCGUACAGAAGGACCAGGAAAGUAAAGGAUUCAUCCUCUUCCUGUGACGAUGAAACCGAAACUCUAUUAAGUAGCAGAGACAGACACGUGACUAGACGAAGAGUUAAAAGAGCGGAUGAAUCUGAUGAAGUGAAUUUAGAUCUGAGGCAUCCUUGUGAAAAGAGAUUUGCUACGAAACGACUACCUAGGUACUUGGAGUCGACUGCGAGGAGCACGUCGUAUUUCGAGGUGGAUGAAACGGAGGAUUCACGGUCAGCACGGAAAUGCGUGCGACGAGUGGAGGAUAUCAAUAAAUUGUCGAGCAAGGCGUCUUCGGGAGUGAGGAGGAAGGGUAGUUGGAAUAUAACGGAGGACGACGAGUUGGUAAAUAUUUGUGGAUGA